AACUUUGAAAUGUUUUUGAAGAGUUUGUUUUUGUUUAUUUUUUCUUUCACCAAAUUGAUGGCUUAAUAUAAAUGGCCAGGUUGCAACCUCGUAGAAUAUUACGGAAUGUUGCUUUUUUCACCAUAGCCAUAUUACUGUACAUCUUGUAUUCAAAAGAGGAAGUACGCCACAUAGAACCCGUUGAAAAUGUUAACCAACUCGUUCACAAACACAACCAUCGACAUCGCCCCGCGGAGAAACUUUUUGUGGACGAAUUCUGGGUACCCGAGAAAGCCUUAAAAGAGCACGAAAGAGAUGGUCAACCUGGCGAAGGAGGGCAUCCGGUAGAAACGAGUUCUGAGGAUGUUAAUAAGAGAGAUGAAGCUUAUCGUGACUAUGGUUUUAAUCAGUUUGUUAGCGAUAAGAUUUCUUUGAACAGAACAAUCCCAGACACGAGACCACCUGCUUGCAAGUCUUCCAAAUAUGAAAGAUAUUUGCUAAAAGCAUCAGUUGUUGUGAUAUUCCAUAAUGAAGGAUGGUCAACAUUAAUGAGAACUGUAAACAGUGUUUUGAACAGAUCACCACCGUCUAUGCUAAAGGAAAUUGUUCUGGUUGAUGAUUUUAGUGACAAAGAUCAUUUAAAGAACGAACUACAGUCACAUGUCGCUAAGUUGAAUAAAGUUCGUUUGUUAAGAUCCAAAGAGAGGCUUGGUUUGAUCCGAGCAAGAAUGCUUGGGGCAUCCAAUGCAAGGGGCGAUGUGGUUAUCGUCUUGGAUUCACAUUGUGAGGUGAACCAGGGCUGGCUACCCCCAUUGUUGGCACCAAUUUCAGAAGAUGAACAUGUUGUAACAUGCCCUAUCAUAGACUUCAUUGAUCAUGAUACUUUUCAGUACAAGCCAAUGGGUUCCUUUAUUCGGGGUACUUUCAAUUGGAGAUUUGAUUAUAAGGAAAGAGAAUUAACUAAGGAACAAAUGAAUAGAAGAAAAGAUGAGACGGAAGAGGUCUGGUCGCCUGUAAUGGCUGGUGGUCUCUUUGCUAUAAGUAGACAAUUUUUCAAUAAACUUGGUCAGUAUGACCCAGGCAUGGAAGUAUGGGGAGGGGAACAAUAUGAGUUGUCCUUUAAGAUUUGGAUGUGUGGUGGCAGGAUGGCAAACAUGCCGUGCUCAAGGGUCGGCCAUGUCUACAGAAGAAACGUGCCAUAUUCGUACCCCAAAUCAAACGCGGUUGUGAUCAACUUUCGAAGAGUCGCCGAAGUUUGGAUGGACGAUUACAAAGAAUGGCUGUACGAACGAAGACCCGAGUUGAAGGAAGUUAGGAAUUAUGGCGACAUCAGCGAUCGACUUGCGCUUCGGAAGAGACUAAAAUGCCACAGUUUCAAGUGGUACAUGCAGAACGUUCUGAACGAUACCGUCAGGCAAAACUAUGAACCACUUCGUGGGUCGGGUUUGAUUCGAAAUCCAAAUUCCAACUUGUGUCUUGAUACAAGAGGAAGGAAACCUGGUUCAGAGAUGGGAUUAUCAACUUGUUUAUCGUACAGCUGGUCACAGAAAUUUCAGUACAGCUAUAUUUACGAACUGCGUAAUACCGAAGACUGUCUUGAUGGCCCUAACUACGAGGCCGGAUCCAAGAUUUCUCUCUACAGAUGUCACGAAAUGCAAGGAAACCAAGAAUUCCAUUAUACAGAGGCAAAGACUAUAUUACAUAAAGUAUCCGGCAUGUGCGUCUCCGUAGGUGUAAAUGGCAAUGGUCCUGUUUUAGAUAAUUGCAAUGGUAAACCAGAGCAAAUUUGGGAACUAAACCUUGCAAAGUUGAAAAGCUGAUAGUUCAAGUCAGUGCGUUAGCGCCUAAUUCCACGGGCGCUUUUUCUCGGCGAAAUGCGAAAUCUUUCACCUGUUUCUUUUGAAUUUCGAACACUUAAAUAAAAUUAAUUCUGCUUCACUUUUUACAAUUCAAAAGAAGCAGGCGAAAUAUUUCGCAUUUCGCUUGAAAAUUUAGCCCGUGGAAUUAGGGCUUUAGAAUAGGUUAAUUUUCAAAUUUACAGUUUAGCCUCGAGUAAAAUAUGACUGGUCUCGAUUUUGUGAAGCUCGCAGCAGCCUUCUUGCAGUUGUUUCGAUUACGUCUGUAUUAGUGCCUUAUUUGCAUCAAUAACUUAUCUACCAUUUAGAUGCACACAGAUUUUUUUGGUCUCGAUUUUUUAAUUAGACGUUGAUGAUAUUUAAAGUGGAAGUCAAGCAAGCCCCUUCUGCGUAUGGAUUCUGCUCAUAACUUUGUGAACAACAACAGAGAUCCCCCCCCUGAUGUAAGAUUGCCCAAAUUUCGCAUGGUUUGAGUUAGUUCUGAAAAUGAGC